AUGUCGAUCGAUGGAAAUGAGGAAAACGGAGAGGAAAUCGAGGACGACGACGAGGAGGAUUUGGAGCCGAGAUUGCAUUACGAGCUGCUUGGGGCAAACGAUGUAAAACAGCUCUACCAAAAGAGUCUCGCCUCGUCGAUCGCGUGUCACGCGAAAUUCCUGGCAAUUGGCACGCAUCAUGGGCAAAUCUUUGUGAUGGAUCACCUCGGCAAUGUCGAUUACGUAAAUUUACCGCCCUACCAUCUCCACCGUGGUCAUAUCACCCGGCUAUGCAUCGAUGAGAGUGGGUCGUAUGUGGCGAGUUGCGCCGGUGAUGCUCGAGUGGUCGUGCACGGAAUUGGGACCAGUGAAUUUAAUCAGCAAAUCAACCUGAAAACGGUGGCUCGAUCGAUCGCUUUAUCGCCCGAUUACGCACGAAGGGAUUCCGGGCAACGAGUGCUCAUUGGCGAGCGAAAUUUACUCAUGUUCGAGAAGGGAUACUUGACGACAAAAGAAACGAUACUGUUUAGAGGCUCGGAGAAGGAUGGAUUCAUCACGGCGCUUUCGUGGAGAAGAUCACUGAUCGCUUUCACGAAUGAACAAGGGACUAGAGUGUUGGAGAAGGUCAACGACACGUUGAUAACCCAUGUCCUCCCCACGCAUGACGUUGACCGAAUGAGGAGUACUCGUUUUCUGCCCUACCAUUGCUGGCUGGACGAUGAGAAUCUGGCGAUCGGCUGGGCGGACACGGUGAUCGUGUUGACGAUGACGAGAAAUGAGCAAACGAGACAACGCUACGGCGAGAUCCGCUACACUUGGCAGCUGUCGAUGGGCCUUUCCGGCAUCUCCCAUAUACCGAAAUCCUCGAAUCGGACAAUUGAUAUCGAUGACGAGACGAUCGGCGAACCGUGGGGCGAGUUGAUCGUUUUCGGGUUGAAACCCGGCGAGGAGGCGGACGAGAGUGGGGUCGAUGCGUUCUGUGAUUUGGCUUCAGUCGCCUCAAUGUCAACCUCGUCUUCGCCGAGCGUUCCCCCGACGGUAUUCGUGGCGAUUCUCGAGCCCGAGUCGACAAACGCCUACGAGCUACAGGCCGAGGAUAAAAUCGGUUUCACCACCCACUCGCAUUCGAUGCCCGCCCAUUUCGCGAUGUGCGCUUUACCCGAAUUCGACACUUAUUUUCUGAUGGGACCAAAAGAGAUCGUGACGGCCACGCCGAAUUGCGCCGAUGAUGUGGUUCAAUGGCGUCGCGAUCACGGUCGCCUCGAGGAGGCGUGGACUUUCGCACUGCAGCACAUCGACGAGUUGACGAACCCGGAUUUUCAUCCAUCAGUGAUUGCAAAACUACUAAUCGAGUCACUCCUCGAAGAGGGCCGAGCCAAGUACGCGGCGAGUCUACUGCCGGAGAUGUGUAAAGAGCAAAAAUCGGAAUGGGAGAAUUUCGUGUCGAUUUUCGAGGAAGCCGGCAGAUUGCUGCACUUGGCCGAGGCGUUGCCCACCCAAUCGCCGCAAUUGGAACCCGAGAUCUACGAAGAAGUCCUUCACACGGCACUCUAUCACGAUUUGAAGCUUUUCCGGCGGCUAGUCUCGAAAUGGAGUCCCGAUUUGUAUCGAGUCGGUGCCCUCACCGCGCUGACCAUGCAACGGAUACACGAGGGCACGAAAAGCGACGCCGAGAAAUCAAUUCAACCCGACGAGGAGAAAGAUCUCUACCACGCGCUGGCCAAUUUGUAUAUUGCUGAUCGAAAAUACGACCUUGCGCUGAAGAUCUACUUCUCGUCGAAAGAGAAAUACAUCUUCAAUGUGGUCAGGAAGUAUCGAUUGUUUGAUUUGGUGAAAGACCAAUUGACCGAAUUGAUGACAAUCGACAAAGAUCAAGCGCUUUCAUUGCUGUUGAACAACGAAAUGGUGGUGAAUCCGGCGGAUGUGAUGACGAAGAUUGCGAGGGAGCCAAGGCUACAGCUCGCCUACCUGAAGAAGCUAUUCGAACGGAAUGAAGGUGAUGAGUACGCCGAUCAAAUGGUUUCGUUACUCGCUGAAUAUGAUCGCCCUCAAUUGUUGCCUUUUUUACGCAAAUCUAAGCACUAUCACACGAAUCGAGCGCUCGAGAUCUGUAGCCACCGGAAAUAUGACGAUGAGCGAGUCUUCCUCUUGGUGAAAAGCGGAAAUCGACGAGAGGCGCUGAACGUGAUGGUGCAACAGCAGAAUCGUUUGGAUAAAGCAAUCGACCUCUGUCGGGAGCAUGAGGAUGAUGAAUUGUGGUCACUGUUGGUGAACGAGGUGGUUUCAAGUCGAUCUCCAGCCAAUAUCUCUCAACUUUUGGCCACUGCUGGUACUUCAAUCGACCCAUUGGGCAUAAUUGAAAAGAUCCCAGAAGACCUGGAAAUCCCCGGUUUGCGGGAUCUUCUCGUGAAGAUUUUAAGAGACUACGAGACUCAGGUGAUGUUACAAUGGUGUUGCCACUCGGCCACAUUGGAUGAUGUUCGCGGGAUGUCAGAUCUCUUCUACAAACAAGCCAACCGUGCCACCCAUUACGGACAAAGGAGCGUGUGCGCGAUUUGUCGAAGCAAACUGUUUAUGGAAGAGAAGAGGGAAGAGUUGCAGCUAUUCGGGUGUGGACACGCCGUGCAUUCACGGUGUUUUGAAGAGAAAACCCGUCGGGAUUCCCAUUUGGGCACGAUUCCCUUAAAGGAUUGUCCCGUUUGCGCGGAAGAGGAUGGGAUGAAU